AUGGUAUCUGCACCACAGAGCAGCCAGCCCACAGCCGACCUCGCAGCGGGCCAGAAGCUCGUCAACCUCCUCGCAAACGAGGUCAAGGUAAAGGCAUCUUCUGGCUCGUCAAAGGACGCAAAGGCCAUCCUCAGCGGUGACCUCGAGACCGCCUGGACGUCCGAGAAUGCAUCGCCCGUCUCGGAUCCUGGAUCGACAGUCUCGACAUUGACAUUCAAGCUGCCGUCCGACCAGGGUGGCGCGCGCAUCGGAUCCCUCCACUCCAUGGCCCUCACCUUUGCCGGCGGCUUCUCGGCCAUGAACGCCCGCCUCCUCUACUCGACCGAGUCGUCGCCGACUGAAUGGAAAGACGCCGCCGCCGAAGUGUUUCCCUACGACUCCAACGCAAAGCAGUUCUUCCGGCUCGAGACCAAUGAGACCGCCAAGGACGAGAUCGCCACCUCGCUGCGGCUACAGCUCAGCGGGAGCACCGACGACUACGGCCGCGUCACCGUAUACCAGGUCGAGAUCUACGCCAUCGCCUCGACCUAG